UAAAUCCCAGGGCUGAGGCCAGGCAGACAGUUCUCUGCCAGCAGCCAAGGUGGAACGAGCUCUCCCAGAGCAAGCAGAGGGGGAGAGGCCAGACUGUAGGUACAGCCCCGAGAUUGGGGAAGGAUGGAGCACCCCGGGUGUGGCUGGAAUAAUGGUAUAGCCGGGUGGCUAGGAUUUAUGUUAUAGCCCAGGGGCUUGUGUUUUGUUUUCUGUUUUGACUGGUGGCUUGGGUGAGGCUAUAAGGGGAUGGAGGAGGCCUCAUAGGGGACUCAUAGUAGCAUGGGGACCCCAGCCCCAGAGAGGGGGGCAGCAAGAGAAGUCCCAGAGAGGGGGGGCAGAGAAGGUGCAGUUUUUGGGGGGACACAAACCCCGAUACUCGAAGGCAGUUGUAUUUUGUUUUUUUUCUUGUUUGGACUGACGGGGCGGGUUUGGGGUUACACCCUGGUUUUCAGCCUGCAGCGCUCUGGUUGUGGGUCUGGCUCCUAUGGGUCUGGGCCAGGGAGUACCAGGCUCCAAAAAGGGAGCAGGAAAGGGGGCUAUGAGCCUCCAGGCACUGGAAGGAAAAAAAAGGCUAGAGCCUUGGAGUCGAACCCUGUUUAGUGGGUUUGGAUGGGGAGGCCUAGCCAGAGAAAAUAGGGGUCUGGUUAUAACAGGAGAGACCCCAACAUACCCAAUAUAAUAGGCAGUCUCCCGCUUGCAUAAACAAAUUUUCCAUCAAGACAUGGCAGGAGAGAUUAGGGUGGGACUGAAGAAUUUCAAAGCCGGCUACAAGGGCGCCCCACGUAAGGCAUGGAUAACCAGAAAGGUGGCACUGGGGAGGGCGACCUGUUACAGGUCUGCUUGUAGUUGUUCCCUGCCCUCCGGUGUGUCCACUUCUUUCCACAGUUUUGUAUCAUCUGCAAACUUGGACAGAGUACGCUUCACUCCCUCAUCCAAGUCACUGAUGAAGACAUUGAAGAGUAUCGGUCCAAGGACUGAGUCCUGCAGGACCCCACUGCCCACGUCCUUCCAGCCUAUAUUUAUGGAUCUGCCUGGACAAAACAGGGCCAAGGAUGGUUGAAUUUGUUUUCUGGAAUCCCUGGCUGGGUUGAGCAAGAUUAUUUCUGGAAGGUGCCCUGAAUCCUUUACAAGUUCCUACCUUGGAGACCAUGAGUGUACCCUGCUGAGUAGAUCAGACUACCGCUGCUUAUGCCCACAUGCAUCAGGCCAGUGUUCUCUGCCUGUUCAUGUUCCACUCAGCAGCCAGGAUGGGGUCUCGUCAUUUUCCAGCUCGAACAGUGCUUUUUGAGAGGGAACUGAAUGGAGUGACUUACCGCGUCCCUGCUCUGCUCUACAUCCACUGCGUGGGAAAGCUGCUGGCCUUUGCUGAGGAGAGGCUGAGUGCUGACGAUGCUCAUGCCAACCUGCUGGUGCUAAGGAGGGGGUCUUUCUACAGGAACUCUGUGGAGUGGGAAGACAUGAGAGCACUCGAGACUGCAACCUUGAGGCACCAUCGGUCCAUGAACCCCUGCCCAGUCUAUGACGAAUUCACAGGCAUAGUCUUCCUCUUCUUCAUUGCUGUACUAGGCAAGACUCCUGAAGCUUAUCAGAUUAUUACGGGUCAUAAUGCCGCCCGCCUAUGCUAUGUGGCCAGUUCCGACCAGGGUCUGAGCUGGAGCAAGGUUACCGACUUGACAGAACAGGUCAUCGGCAGAGCCAUUGAAGAAUGGGCCACCUUUGCCCUUGGUCCUGGCCAUGGAAUUCAGCUCAAGUCAGGGCGUCUGCUGGUGCCUGCCUACGCCUACCACAUUGACUGCAAGGAAUGCUUUGGGAAGCUCUGCAAAACGACUCCCCACUCCUUCACCUUCUACAGUGAUGACCACGGCCAGACCUGGCACUACGGUGAAUAUAUCCCCAACCUGAAGACAGGGGAAUGCCAGUUAGCUUCUGUGGAUGAGGAAGAUGGCAGUAAUGUCCUCUACUGUAAUGCCAGGAGCCCUUUGGGUUUCCGUGUGCAGGCCCUCAGCACUGACGAUGGAGCAGUUUUCCACUUGGGGCAACUGGUCCCACGGCUGGUAGAACCACCGCAUGGCUGCCAGGGCAGCAUCAUUGGCUUCCCUGCUCCUCUCUUCUAUAGCCCCAGCAAUCCCUACUCAUGGCAGAGAUCACAUGGCUCCAUCAAUGGCUUAGAGUGCCCAUUGUUCUCUAGAAAUAGUGCUAGGCUUCAGUAUCUUCCUCUCUGCAAUGUGGAUAUUGAUACCCUACCAACCGAGCCUUUGAUCUGUCAGCCUCAGGGCUACCAACAACAUAUGGCAUCUGAAGGGCCCCAUCCACCCAGUAACUGUAGCAAUGAAACCCAGGGCACCCCAUCCUCUGUUUCAUCUUGCAGAAAUCAGGGACAGCACAAACCAAGAGCCACUUUCAAAUCCAAUGUCUUCCACCUCCCAACCUGGCUGCUCUAUUCCCAUCCAACAAGCCCCAGAUCUCGGAUCAAUAUGGGGAUUUACCUUAGUACGUUCCCCCGGGAUGCAGAGAGCUGGACUGAGCCUUGGGUCAUUUAUGAAGGCCACAGCGCUUACUCGGAUCUGGCCUAUAUUGAACUACCAUACUCUGAGUUCUCAGCUACAGGGAUCCCAACCAUUGCCUUUGGCUGCCUGUAUGAAAAUGGGAUAAGGUCCCCAUAUGAGCAAAUCUCUUUCAGUCUGUUCACACUGUAUGAAGUGAUUCAGAACAUCCCCCUGAAAUCCACAUUACCUUACUGUAAGCUCCCCUUGGCUAAUAAAAAGAAGAGAAGGAAGUGCUGUGUCAUCUCCUAGAGGACCAGGUUCACUGGCUCUCACCUCCUUAAUGCCACAGUGAAGGAGAAUGAUGUGCAGGAUGAAAGUUGCUAUAUGGUGGCAUCUGAAGGACAUGAAGCUGUUAGCUUCUGCUCAGGCUGAAUAGCCAGGGGGGCAGAUCAUCAGCUGGUGAAAACAGGCAUAGUUCCAUUGAAGUCAGUUCAGCUAUGUUGAUUUACACUAGGUAGGGUCUAGCCUAUACGAUUCAAGGAGGCUGGAAAUGGUGCACCCAUAAUCAUACAAACAGUCGGACCAAAGCCAGUAGUUUUAUAACAUGCAUGAAUAAGGCUUACUCCUGUAAGCAAAAGUUUGUGAGAUCAAACCCAUGAGCUGAGUUAAUAGCCUAGAAUGGUGUUAGGGCCCUGCCAUACGUUCAAAUUAAAGCUGGAUAGAAACCAGCUAUAAAGUUGUUACACAUUUUCAAACACUAGCUUUGUAGCUGGCUGGCUUUUUUUUGUAACCGGACGGACAUUUUUAUGGUGUAAUUAUUACUUUGCGUGUGUGGUCGGUCUAAAUUUAUCAUGUAAUAUAUGUAACGUGUGGCAGGGGCCUUACCUACAUAGGCAGUUUACCUUGCAGCAGUAUAAGAAAACCAUGUGCAUACAUUUUUACAAAUAAUCACAAACAUCAGUGCAGGAUAAAUCAUUCCUUUAAAAUAAGAGCAACAUGUUCUUGAUCAGCCUAAGAGGCAGUGGAGGCUGAGUCCUGCUAUCUUGCACCCCAUACCUUUAUUUGCAUCUUUUAGAAUGCUCCUCAUCCUUUAGCUAAUAGAGCAGACAUGCCUUGUUGGUUGGCAUUGGACUCCACAUCAAAAAAAGCUUGUGGAAAUUUUGAAUGGAGUUAUCUUGCUCUCCUUUUCAUCAAAAGGGUAAAACCCCUUUUUUACCUUUCAUCCUGGGUCUAUUUUCUAUUACGUCCUCCAUAGGCAGCUUGUUCUGAACAGUUUUCCAUAGUGGGUCCUGAGGGAGAAUUCUUUUUUAAAUCAUGAGAACUUGGAAGCAGGGGCUUGAGGAAAGGGUACAAGGGAAGGACUAGAAAAAUGCAUCAGGGUCUGUCCCAGAUCUGCAACCAACUGAGUGAGUCACUUGAGUUAGACACCAAGGGUGCCUAUAUAUGUGCAUUGAGGCUGCUCCAAUGCACUGUAAUUAUAGCGCGUCAGAGCAUGGUAAUUACCAUGCUCUAGCAGACUCCAGCGUCACAGGUAUCAGUGUCCCCAUGCUGAAAUAUGGUGGCGGGGCGGUUUAACUAAAGCUUGUUCGAUGAGUUUUAGUUAAAGGCCUGCUGCCAUUUUUCAGCGUGGGGGACAAUGAUACCCAUGAUACCCCAGGCACUUUAAUUAAAGAGGCUCUUGGAGCCUCUCUAAUUAAAGUGUCCCAUCCUUCCUGUCCACCAGAGCAUGUGUAUAAUUGUCCCUAGAUCCCUGCAUAGCAGGCAACUAUUUUAGAUGUCCAAAUGCAGAUGUAUGUUAAUUUCUUUGGUGUCUUAGGUUUGCAGGUGUUGGCUUUCACUUCUGUGCUUCAUUUUCCUCAUCUUAUGGAAUGGAGGUAGCACUUGUUCUAUGAUGCACAUAAUGUUGGCAAUGCCUGGCUUUUGCAGGCCAUGAAGGCAAAGUUCCUUCUUCAAGGAGUUCACAGGCUGCAAAGGAGAAAGCUGUCAUGGGCUGUGCAGGGGAACAAUGGAUGGCAAUGACCAACACUGAGGGAGGGACUCUGAGCCUUGAACUUCAGGCAAGAACAUUAUUUACAGGAACUGUGCCGGCCAUUAUGUUGCAAUUCCACAUUUAUCUUGUGAGUUUAUUUCUUAAAUGCCUUCUAAUCUCAUGCCAGCAGAGGACAGGACAGAUCCUGUCAGUUUGCCACUGAAUUCUGAGAAAUGACUGCUACAGAAAGCAUUGGAAGGAGGAAAUACAGAGAACUAGCACAGGAUUAGGUUAAAGCUGUUUACAAACCCAAGGCUCAGGUGGGCAUAAGUGAGGAACUGGGUGUGUGAAAAGCAAAGGGAGAGAUCAGAUGGUUCCUGGAUAAAGGGCCUUGCUCUUCUAGCCAGUGUUGUACCACUUGCCAAAGUUGAGGUUAUGAAGAAAUUCUUUCCUCAAGUCAGAUUGGCAAGGACCAGAGAGGGAUUGAUUUUUGCUUCCCUCUGUUGUGUGGGACAUGGUUCUUGUCCUCAGAUCUUCGAAACAUAUAGUAACUACCUUUACCACUUUUGCUGCAGGGGCACGGUAUUGGCAGUACUUUUUCUCCCCUGCUUUCACCUAUGGUACGUUAAGGGUGUUCUUGGCAUUUUGGCUACUGUGUCAGGAUGAGGUGCAAUUCUGAGGAUUUUUUCAAUGAAGGGUUGUCUUGAACACAGGGGGGCUGAACUCAGUGGCCUAGGAGGCUGCUUCUAGUCUUCUCUUCCUGAGAGACCAUGGUAAGAGGAAGCAGGAAUUGUGGUCACGAGGGAGUGGGGGUACCAUGUGUAGUCUACAGAAGGUGGGAAUGGGUGUCAAGGAAAAUGGGGCUGAAGCCAAGGUUGUGUCUACAGCUUUAUCUAUAACUGGAGAACAUGGAAGGGCAACAGGUGAAGGCAAGCAAGGGGCAGCACUGCAGUACACACAUGGUGUGCCUAGGGGGUAUUUAAUGCUAGCAGUAAUAAACAUCCUUCACUACGACUAGGUUGAGGCCACCAGGCUCCUGUCUCUUUUUUCCCCAGACAGAAACAGUACAGAAGGAGAGACUCCUCCUCACAUAUCCUUAGUAACUGCCCAGCUGCAGGGAAAGGCACUGGCCUUUUCACUGUUGGGGGAAAGGAUAUUCCUGGCUGCCUAAGGGGAUGGAAAGCAGACAAUUUUAGAAAGAACUGAAACCUCUCUCCAUGAGUAGCCACAACAGUGCUAGAAUAAGAGAUGUACAUGGAUGUGUCCCCACUACCUGCUAUAGAGAUCCAAGUUACAGAAUGCUACAGGUUGGGCAUCCCCCUGGACACUUCUUCAUGCAGCAUUCUGCCUAGAGGUACUAACACCAUUCCCAGGGAACAGAGGACUCGCUGUUAUACCCUCCCUUAAAACUAAAACUGUGAGGCCUAGUCUGGUCUCUCUCUCUCACUCCUUUAAAAACAGAUGAAGGCAAAAGAUGCAGACAAUAGAAAUAUUUUGUCUUUCCCUUUAUGAAUGGAGAAGUAGCCCUAUGCAGAGGGCUGUAUGUUCAUGAUCAAUUAUUUUGGUAGCAGAAGUUUGUAUUUUUUGGCUGGAUGGCUUAUUUGAAAAUCUGAAAGAAAAAAAAACUUGGUUUGAGUCUAACCAAAACUAAUUUAAAGUUGACCCAAACUGAUUUUUUUUGUUCUUUGUUUUGGGCUUAGGCUGACUUUUUUACUUUUUUUCUUUAGGUCAGAUUUUAAAUAGAAAUUAUUUUGUUUGGAAGCAUCAAGGCAAAACAUUUUUCUUUUGUCUGAAAUGGUUUAGAGACUGUACCAUGGAUUGGGGGGGAGGGUGGAUUAAAUACACUCUUGUUUCCCUUUCAGAUCCACUUUCCCCUCUUUUUUCUUACCAAACUUAUUCAUCACAUUUGUGAAUUCACAUGGAUUUUGUACCUCUCCAAGCUUGAUUUUUGGAAUUUACUAUUAUGGCAGUUGACUAUUUCCUAUUCAUGGAAAGAAAUUUCUCCCACUGCUUAUAGCCUCAGAUGGCUUUAACUUAAUGUCAAAGUCCUGAAGUUAAGGUUGUGUCAUUCUUAAGUAGACUUGACAUUAAAGUAAAAAAUUGUAUCAGUUUUUGACAAGCUUUUCAAUAAAUGCAUCAUGUAUUGGUA